AUUUGUGUACUCAUGGCAAUCCUAACAGAUAUUAAAGUCCAUAAUUUCCACAGGCAGCUGAUUGUAAUUUAAAUUCGUUUAUUACAAUUGUCAAAAGAUAUUGGUAAGUAAUUCCUUUAAAUUUUUGGGUAAAUAUAAUCGAAACAUUGUCUUCAAUAUUUCUUUAGAAAUGCGCAAAAGAGAACUGCAAAGUAUACCACUAAAAUUGGGUGAACUUAAGGAGUACGAUGUUGUGAAAGCAGAAAGAACGCCUAUUAAAAAUAAGAACAUUGAUGAAAGCAACAUGAAAGAAUCUUCACCCAUUGCGAACGUAACACCAAAAUCUAAAAAAGAAGUACAAGAACGUAUAAAUCCUACCAUCCAAUAACAUCAUUAUUUACAUAAAAUUUCCAAGUAAGUAAACCUUAGCAGUUUAUCAUAAGGGCGACAAUUGUAUCAAAACAAGGAGUAUUUAAAAAGUUUUAGAAAGAUUUUGCAGAUCUCAGCUGCUGGUAAUUUUAAUUCCAAAUGCUUGACAUUUACCAUAUCGCCGAUAGUUUAAUCCGGUUGCAAAAUCUCAUCGCCGCUACAACCGUGUGCGCUUUUAAGUUUCGUAUUGCUGACUCUGUUAGUGAAAGCACCAAAAGCAAUAUAAUUGUGAUAUAUCUGCGCUUACAAACAUCUGUAAAGUACGGCAAAGCGUACAGUUCAAAUUUUCAUUUUACAAACUUUACAAAGUUUACAAAGUUAAUUAACCAAGCUAUUCAAAUCGAGUGAAACUACAUCAAUUUUAUAAAGUCUGUUGGAUACAGUUAAGCGAUGGAAGCAAAUACUUAGCUUACGACGAUAGAUAUAAAAUAAUCUGUUUGGAAGAAUAAG